GACCGAGAUUACUGAAUGACAAAAUCAAAGAUCAUCUUCGAUGUCUUCGUCGAGGAGAUGGCACAACAGAGGGUUAUGAGGCAAUUUGGUCUUCUGCAGUUGGAGCUACCUCCCCCUAUAGAGAACCCGGUGCCAGCACACAUCCACAGGACGACAAGGAAGGGCAUGAACAGGACAACUGCUGAAUGGCUAGUUAGACUAGAGCCGUAUGUUAUAGAAUGGGAGACAGCAAACACAAAUCUAUGGCACGAGAAUCACAAUUUCGAUCUUGAUGAAUUCAAUCUCUAUUUGCGGCGCUACAUGACCGGAACACGGUUACGCAUUGUUGAGUACUCCCACCCAGAGGAGUUACCGGAUCCUACUCCGUCGGAUAUGUACCCGAGCUAUGAUACUUCGGGCUCUAGGCAGUACGCGGCUACCUUGACAUGCGAACUGUACGACGACGUGACCACCUUUGGACGAUCACUAUCGUCUGGACCUCUUCUUCAACAUCGUCCAGUGGUACAGCCCUUCUUGGAAAGAAUUCAGAAUAAGAUACGGACUGUGUACGAGGCUAUCACGUGCACCCGGAGAACCGAUGUUGUUCAGCAUGAGCAGGAGCAGCCGCGUCACUCUAUGCAACGACAUCAACCACGUCCACGCCUAGCACAGCAGCCGACAACCAGGCCACCCCGUCCUGACCAACCUGGCAGUUCUACGUGGCACCCGCAGCACUAUGGUCCCACGUCGAGCUUCGUGUUUUCUCCACAGCCACAGCAACACGGUCCCUCGUCGAGCUUCGUGUUUUCUCCACAGCCACAGCAGCACGGUCCCUCCAGUUUCGUGUUUCAGCCAGAGCAGACGUCACACCCAGCAGGGGCCUAUGGAUAUCAGGCGUCUAUGUCGGCAUCACAUGAUACGUGGGGGAGUGAUCAACAUCCCGAGGACAACAUACAGGCUCAGAUGUCGCAGCACACCCAGUGGAUGAACAUGUUUUCGACUCCUCCACCAGGCCCCACACAGGAUACACAGCAUGACCAGGGAGAGUCUGAGAUUCCUCCUCGUCAUGUUAGGGCACCCGACAGGUUGGGAUGGUCCCCGAUUCCAGAUCCGCCUCCCCGCCAGAUGGCUGAGAGUACUCAGUGGGUGCUUAGCCCUAUUGUUCAUGUCCAAGGCUUGUCUCCAAGUGUUGUGCAAGUUAGUGAAGUGGACCUCACUUUUGAUUGGUUGAAGACUAAAUUCAUGUUGAAGCAAGGGUUGAAGGAAGACGAUUUUGUGUACUACGUCAGCAGGAAGCAUUCGGAUGGCCCUGGGGAAAGAAAAUUGAUUGACAUAACUGAUGAUGGCAAGAUUCAAGAAAUGCUGAGCGAAUGGGAAUGGAAAAGGAUUGUUCAGUUGCAUUGCUACAGGAAACCGAGUUAUAUGUGA